CAAGCGACGCCACAAACACCUCGUCGUUCGUGCAGGAAAGAUGUCCACGAUGAAUGAUCUUACAUUGGAUCAGGUACUCAAUUUGCGUCCAGUGCAGGACUCUCUUAUUGCCAACAGAGAAAAUUACAUUAAAAAUUAUCGGAAGUUCGUAAAACAGGCUUAUACCGCAGAACUAAAAAAUUUGAUGCAGAGCGAGUUCGACCGAAAUGAUGUGAAGCUGAAAAUUCCUGAACUGCCAUCGCUAAACUAUCAACCGCAGGAGUACAAGUCAAUGCUAUCGAUGGAUAAAUUGAUUGAAUAUUACGAUGCCACCAUAGAGGGCUUCUCCUUGCUGUAAGCGCGCUCCGAUCUGUCCGUUUUGCCAUUUAACCAACAUUUAUGCAAAUGGCUGCGGAUAUGUUGCAAACACUCAAGGGAGGGCGAAAGACUCUGCAAAUAAUCAAAUUUAAAGCUAACUACAUUGGAAGUCGCCCUGAUUCUUACGUGAAAAAGAGGUAUUAUAGGUCGCUCCCGGAAGAGAUUUCCCUUAGUGCGUAGUAUUAGCAUAUACUUUAUAUCAAGCUGUAAAUAAACAAUAGCUUAAAUAUCAAA